AAUGCACCCAACCUAAUCCCCAUUCAUUCAUGCCCAACUGUCCCCUCCAUUUUCCCACCUUUAAAUAUCAACUCCUUAUCCCCAUUUUUCAAAUACCCAAUUCUCCAUAUAUCACAAAGAUGAAAACUUUAUCUUGUUUCAUGAUCUUAACCAUCUUGUUUUUCUCAGAAUUUGCAUACUCAACCCGACCCGAACCCGAAUCUUCGUUAUCCAAAUCCACCAACAACCCGAAAAACAAAGGCGGGAACGGAAAUGAUGCUGGUGGUGGAAUCGGAGGUGGGUAUUUUGGACCUGGAUCCGGGUUUGGAAUACCCGGGUUUGGAAACGGGAUUCCGGGCGGGUAUGGAGCUGGAUAUGGAGGUCCGAACGGAGGGUACUCUAAAGGUGGUGUGAUCAGGCCGAGUUUAGUGUGUAAAGACAAGGGUCCUUGCUACAAGAAGAAGCUGACGUGUCCGGCUAAGUGUUUCACUUCUUACAGCCGGUCAGGGAAGGGCUACGGCGGCGGGGGAGGCGGCGGUGGGUGCACCAUGGACUGCAAGAAGAAGUGUAUUGCUUAUUGUUAGAGCAAAAAUACUUAUUUAUAAAUAUUUUACUAUUAUAAGUAGUAUUAGUAGUAGCUCAAAGUAUGUUUUAAAUUUGAGUACUAAAUAUAUCUGAUAUUAACUCAUUUGAGUUAAUUAUGGGUUUUAGAAUAAUUAUUUAAGUGUGCUUUCUUAAAAUAAACAUAAUAAAUAAAAUGGUGUGUGUUUCUAUUAAA